UUCCUUUCACGAUCCCAGACACACAGCUCUGUCUCAUCAGUACUUUCUUGUCUUUCGCUUCCUGUAAUACAGUAAUGACGACCGCUGUCGGGAUAGCUCUCCACGCGUUCUUCUCUCUAGGCGGAUAUCGCCGCAAAAACUUUAUCGUCUACGUCUUCUUGUCGAUCAGUUGGAUUUCGUCUCUCGGCCUGGCUGCGUCGGCGACGGUCGAUAUGAACCACCUAUCUCUCAACCUGCGAAAAACACCGCUACCUCGGAAUCUCUACUCGGUGAUCACAAUGUUUGGCUGCAUGCAGGAUGAGACGCGCAAGUUCUACCCGGUGAUCGUCACGUCCGUCAAUGCGGCGUCGAGCGUCGUCUGCUUUGUUGUCUACGGUUGCAUGCUCUACAGGCUAAGAACGUCGAAACUGAAUUUUGCCAAUACCGAGUUGAAACACCUGCAGAUACGACUGACGGUCGUGGUGCUGGUGAACGUGAUCGUUUGGUGGCCGCCCUGCAUCACCUACUGGUACAGCUACGUUCGAGGUGCGACCGUCUUCAACGGCAAACUGAACAUGGAUGCUAUAAUGUCGGUGAUGAUGUUGAACGUGAUCGUGACCGCAAUCGAUCCUCUGAUCUACACGAUGGUCUCGACGAGUUUUACACGAGUGAUUCGACACACUUGCAUCGGGAUGUGUUGCCGUUGUAAUAUUACUUACCGUGAUGAUUGGCAAACACUGAUUGAAGAGGAAAGUAAAAACGAUGAGUCGUAUUGUGCUUGUUUUACACGGUGUCAGCUCGUCUGUCGUAAGUAUGGAGGUGCCAGAUGGUCGGAAAGCUCGACAGACAAAACAGGAUCGAGUCAAUUGUUUCCAGAAGUAAAAGUACGACCCUCGUCCGAGAUGGAUGAAUCGGAUUCCGAGUUGGAAUGAACAUACGCGUGUGUUACGCUGGCAAAACUGAUCACGAAGACAUACCGUUUUACCUCGCGGUUUAAAUUUGAACGACAUGUUGUUCCUUUCUUUUGUGGUACUGGAGACCCGGUCUGUUGUUCUGUAAGAAUGUACAUGUGAUUCGAAGUGUCGGUUUAGUUUAGAACUGCAGA